GAGAGCGGCGGCGCGAAGCGUACAGGAGCUGGACGUCGCGACCGCCGAGUUCCUGGACCAGGAGAUCCUCGAAGGCUCCAACCGCGACGAGGGCGAUGAGCUGCUGGCGGCGACGCUCUUCGAGAGGCCCGAGCUGCGCAGGGCGCGGGCCCCGCUGCCGCGGGUGGGCCUCCUGGCGCUGGUCGGCGCGGCGGCCUGGGGCGGGCGCCGUGAGCUGACUCUGGCGCCGAUUGUGGCCUGGCACACGCGCCUCUGGCUGCCGUCGGACCUGGCGGCGAUGGCGCGGGAGCCCCCCGUGCCUCUGCUGCCGUCGGCCGGGGGCCGACGCACGGGGCUGCUGCUGUUCCCCGGCGAGCUUGGCGCGGUGGGCAAGGCAGGGGAGGUCGACGAAGCCAUGCUGCUCGACGACCCCGUCUCCAAGAAGCCCGGCGGUGCCCUGGCGGUGCUUCGUGGAUGGGCGACGGCGGCUGGCUGGCUCUUGAGCUUCGAUGCGGGUCACUUCCGCGCGGGGUUCGCGCGUCUAGCGGAGCUGGCGGGGAUGCCCAGCGUCCGCGCCUGCCAGCUCCUGCGCGGGGCAGCGAGCUUCGAUGUCGCCGCCGGCGUCCGCGACGUCGCCGCGGUCCAUCGGGUGCUCGGGCGCGCCGGCAGCCGCGGCGCCGAGAGGUGCGAGAGGCGCGCCCGCUACUGGGCCGAG